CGCUGCUCCAUACUUUACGACCUGUGACAGAAAUUGAGUCAACUUCAGAGUUUACAAGUCAAGGGACUCAACCGAGUGCUUCCAAAGGACCGGAAGUUUCUUCUAUUCUCACCACAGAGUGGGAGGUAUCGUCUGCUGACACGUCCACAUCAGCGACAACGUCGUUCUCAGCGACUGAAAUGACGAGGGGAUCGGGACUGACAACUGAGUCUUCUCAAAGACCGGUGACAGAUGAUGAGCCGAUGUUUGAGAGAACAAGCUCACAGACAACCCACAAAGAUAUCUCACUCUCUGUAGCAACUUCACCAUCACAUCUAGAAGGAAAUAGCCAGGAGUCACAGUCGACAUUUACUUCGUCGGAGUCUUCUUCAUUGUCAUCGAUUUCCACAUCUGAAGACUCAUCAUUAGAUACUUCCAGCGGCGUACACAAAACUUCCCUAAUAAUGCUUUCAAUGACCAGUCAACAGGCAGCCACGAGGAUGCCAUCGAGUGAAGCUACAACUCUAAGCACGUCUGCUACACCAGAUAUACAGACGACAGGACCGGUGAUUCUACCGUCACAGGUCACCUCGGGGUCAAACUAUAACGGCAGCAGUCUCAGCCCGGUGAGUCGCGAAACAAGACCAGUUCCAGAGUCGCUGUCGACACAGGAGACAAACACAGGAGUAUCUAAAACAAUGGAGACUGGAGACUAUACACACAGCUCAACGACAGUUUCUCACGUGACCAGCGAACGCGUGAUGGAGCCGGUGACGUCUGAAUCGAUAACAUGGGAGGGGAUGGUAACAGAAGCCUCGUCAGAUGGUCCGAUGACAACAGUUUGGUUAGCGACAGGCAGGGAGGGGACUUCAGAAACUUCAAGACCGACAAUGACGCCAGAGUUGGAAAAUACAAGAACAUCAGAAACAUCGCAGAUGACAACGUCUCCUACAAGGAUUCAGACGACGACAGGUACAAGGACCUCAAGAACUUUGUCACUGGAGGCCUCCAGCACGGACGCAGCUGAUGUUUUGACUACAGGUGGAGAAUCAUCCUCACACGAUUCCUCACUAAGGACCGCAUCAGGGACCAUGUCGACGAUAGGUGGGAAGAUGACGUCAGAAAGGUCAACAAAUGAAGGGGCAGUGACAGCCUCGACCCCAGGCGGACAAACAUCGCCACACACGUCUGUAGCUGAACCGACAUCAGGAGCUCCAAAGACAGUCUUGACUACACAUACAACAGACGCUGACGCAGGAACAACAUCAGAAGUAGCUCAUACGACACACAAGAAUGAAACAUCUGAGACUUUACCAACCGAAGUGAAAACAUCAUCGUACAAUAUUGUCUUGACAAGCACUCAGACGAAACCAGAAACGUCGUUGGGUGAAAAAGCAACGACAGCACCAAGCAGUACGACAGCGACGACAACACCAGGCAUUUUGACCACAACAACUAACAGUACAACAGCGACAACAGCAUCAAAUGUUGCUUCAACAAGAACACCAAAUAUCUCUACGACAACUAACACUACAACAGCGACAACAGCAUCAAGAGCUGAGUCAACAACAUCUAAAGGGACAACGACAGGCAGCUCCCACGGCGAAACGACAACCACAGCAUCAGGAACCGUUCUGACGACACAGGCGAAGACAUCGGCGACCGUUUCACAUGACGUCACACCAACUGCUGCCUCAAACAAACCGUCGUUUGGCCUGACGACAGCCGAGUGGACAUCGGACACACACACUGCGAGAUGUGACGUCAGCAUCAAGCGGUGA